AUGGAACCGCCAGCAAAGCGCCGUCGCAGGAGCCAGCUGCUGCUGGACAAGGACAAUGCCGACGAAGACGACGACGAGCUCGCCUUUCGGCCAUUCGAGGUUGAGGCUAAGCGAGACCCCGAUUACAAGCUCUCUGUCGAGAGAGCCUAUGCCGACCAGCGGUUCCAAGCAACCAUGGCGCAUAUCUUUGAAAAGUACGGGCGCGACUUCGAGGGCAUUGGCGAUGAGAUCGAUCUUGUGACGGGCGAGAUUGUGGUGAACAACGGCCAUGUGCGCAAUAUGCGAGACGAAGGGGACGUCGGAGACGGCCUACGAGGCGACCUGACGGAUGGAGAGGAUGAUGAGGACGAAGGCAUCCUGCUGGAAGAUCUCUAUGACGACGAGGAAGAGUACAAAGAGGAGGCGGGAGAGAAGGCGAAACCUGCCGACUUUGCAAGAGAGGGAGCGCAUAGUGGCAACGAUGCGGACGAUGACGACGACGAGGACCGCAUAAUACAGGGUCGCCAGGCAACUCGCGACUCACAUUCAACGGCCUUGGUCUUGGGGUCGUCGUCGAGGAACUCAUUGCUCGCCCGAGCCUCGCCGUUUGGCAUGCAGACUGCAAGUCCCUUGCACUUUGAGCCCCCUACAGAGCUGCCAUUUGCUUCUUCGCCAUUUUCCUUCGACAGAUCACCGUUCGCUUCAGAACCCUGGGGAUUCCCUGGCCAAAAUUCUGACCCUCUGUGGGAUCGACCCGAUCUGUUCGCAGUCCAACGGCCACCGAGCGAGCAAUUACCACUCAAGCCUAGUCGCUACCAAUUCCCUGCGCGGAGCGGCAAGAGCUCGAUCUGGGCGCCUGGAUCGAGGUUUCGAGCCGACGACGAAGAACCUCUUCCAUCUGCGUUUGCCGCCACGUUUGGAAAGCAUUUGCUUCCGAGGAGGAGAAAGAUUCUCAAGCAUCCACUAUUGCCCCCCUCUGCCAAGCUGAACGAACAGGUGGAUGAUGGCAGAGGAGAUGCUGAGGAGGAUGAAGAGGAUGAGGACGAGAUUCUGAUGGGGAAGAGAUCCGGAGAGAACCCAAUAGAAGCUUCUGCGCGUACCGGUGAUUCACGUCCGUCCAACAACCCAGCCGAAAAGGAGGCUGAGGAAAAGGGAGGAGAGGGGACCUCAAGUGACAGCGGCUACAAGUCCGCUCAAAGCACAAGGAGAAGCAGAAAGAGAAAACAGAGGGCGGACGAAGGACCUACGAGAGACGAGAACCUGGUCCAACCUCCUGGGAUAUCGAGAAAGCCCUCCAGUCGAGAACCAAAGGAACAAUCGAGAAUCAAUGCACUCAAAGCAAAGGAAUCAGCCCCAACGACAACAGCCCUUGAGCUCGCUGAGGAAGGAAACGGCUGCAGACGCUCUGGACGAAUGAGAAAGCAGGUAGAAUACUUGAACAAGAUUCCUUGGGCUCAAGCCCUGGCAGAGCAAAAGGCAGAAAAGCAAGCCACGUUGCUUCCUGCCUCAGAAUCGCAGACAAGCGGCGACGAUGCACAUGUGGAAGAGGAGAGUAGCACUGGGGGCGAUUCAGAAAAUGAAGGCCAGGCCGCCCUGACAGGGUCGGAGCAUGAGUGUAUCCCGGACUCGGCCGCCGAAGACGAUGACGAGGAAGAGGAAGAACAGGGGGAAGAGAAAGAGGAAGAAGUAGAGGGAGAAGAUGAAGCAGAGGAUGUGGUGGAAGCGGAAAAGAACUCGGAUGAAGGGGGUGAAGCAGAAAAAGAAGAGAAGCAAAGGCGGGUUCCAACUCCUCUGAAGGACUUGCCGACUUCACACGGACCCCAUAUUCGCGAUCCUGAUAUCGCGGAGCAUCGCCAUACGCAGGCGCCAGCUGGAUUCCCCUUCAAGACUACCAAUUCUGGAUGCCUCUUGUCCGACGACGAGGCCCCUACAAGUCUGUCCAAGCCAAGGAAAUCGACCCCGAAGAACAGGCACGAGGACGUACUCCCAUUACGAGAGAUUCGCAACGUCAGGGCUCAAGCGCAUAUUGAGCUCUCUUCGUCAGAUGUUAGUAAAGAAGAGCGGCCGAAUCAUUCUAGCAAGAAACGCAGACGUAAGGCGGAUGCCCCAACAGACGUGUCACCCACGGCGAGUCGGAGCAGCAUGCGGCAUCUUGACGCUCCGACUGAAGACUCCAGCGGCGUGGCUCCAUUGUCCUCUUCUCCCACUCGCUUCCUAUCCCGAAUCACUCUCAACGUGUCCCUAGACGACACGCCUCAGCCGCCAGAUGCCGCACCUGACGAAGCCAGGCACCAGCUUGAGGCUGUUCCAUCUUCAAGCCCAUGUGCGCGCGUCAAUGAAGACAUCCCGAAGCCCACGGCCUCUAGGCGGAAGAGACGCCAGUCCAAGAAGCCCGUCAGCCCCGUCGUCGAGCAACUCUCCGCAGAAAUCGCCCAGUCGAAACAGCCGGCGAAGGCUACAGCCCUGCCUACCGUCAUUGAAGACAGCUCCUACGAGACGUGCGAUGACUCCUCUCACAUCGAACCUUCCUCUCCCGUCAAAGCUUCUCCGCAUGAUGAGCCGGCACCUUCGUCGUCCAGCAAACGAACAGUCUCGCCUCCGGAAGCGGUAGCUCGACCGUCUUCGCAGUCUCCCACAAAACGCGCGCCACAAUCUCCAUUCAAAUCUCCCACAAAAAGCCCCUUGAAACGCGCUUUCGCAGCUGAACCCGACGAACCUCUACCCUCCCUGAGCAGACCUCCCCAAACCCCCCGCCGCCCCAAGCGCCGCCUCAAAGUCCCUUCCUCCCGCCACUCAAUCCUGUCUCUGCUAUCCGACGACGAGGAAGAGGAGGACGAGGAGAUUGAUGAGCUGGGCCGCAACCUGGCCGCGAUGCCCAAGCUGCAGAGUUCCGUGGCGCAGUCGACGGCGCGCAAGGUAUGGAGGUCCAGCUCCCGCACCCGCGAGGUGUAUCACACGCCUGUGAAGAAACGGCCCUCGGAGCCUGUCAGCCCUGGGAGUCUCGUCAAGACGCCUGGGGGCACGCUGAGGGCUUGUGGGGUAGAUGGGUAUAGAUGUGGACGGGACUUCUGCUUUACUUGUUUGUAA